AUGCUGACCGUCGCUCUCAGCCGGAGGCACGCGCUCGUCGUGCACCCCGGUAGCACCUCGUCGCGCCGGUCGCAGCUGCACGAGAAGCGGCGCUUCGCAUCGGGAGAAGGCGGCCAGCCGCAGUGGAAGGAGGCGUCGCCGGUCGAGAAGCUCGCGGAGGCCGCCGCCGCCACCGUGGCAGCCGGCGUCGCCGCGAUCGACGCAAAGGUGCCGCGCAAGUCGGCCGGCGACCAGUUCCGUGACAUCGCCAGCCGCAGCAAGGAGGAAGAGGUGGCAGGCGCCGCUCUCGAUGGCAUGCUUGCGCGUGUGGAUUCAGAACCGAAGCCGCGCAAGCCUGCUGAGAAGCGGACGAGCUUCGGCCCGCGCGGUGCGUACGUCGACAUCUACCGCGCCUCCGAGAGAGAGUCGCAGCAGGCAGCCUCGGGCCGAGGGGUCUCCCUGAUCGAGUCAUUCCCCGAGGACACGGGCGCCGCCUUUGCGGAUGAGGUGACCGCCAAGGCGAUAACAGGGCAACUUCCGAGAGAGGAGUUCGAGGCGGGCGCGUCUUUGGUGGCAGAGAAUCUGCCGGGCGUGGCCGUAAACACAGUUCUGGCGCGCUCCUCCUCGCGCAAGGUCGAGAAGCUCGCGGAGGCCGCAGCUGCCACCGCCGCAGCCACCGUCGCAGCACUCGAUGCAAAGGUGCCGCGCAAGUCGGCCGGCGAGCUCUACCGUGAGGCUGCCGGCGGCAGCGAGGAGGAUGAGGCCGGCACCGCGAUCGAUGGGGUUUUGGCACGCUCCUCGUCGCGCAAGGCGGAGAAGCUUGCAGAGGCGGCGGCCGCCAAGGCAUCGGCGGCGGCGGCGGCGAUCAGCGCUGUUGUGCCGCGCAAGUCGGCCGGCGAUCAGUACCGCGCAGCGGCGGGCACCGAGGACGAGGCCGCCGGGGCUGCCAUCGACGGGAUGCUGAAGCGUGCCUCCUCGAUAAAGUCGCCGACCCCGAAGCCCGCGGCGCCAAAGGCGCCAAAGCCGUCGAGAAUGUCAUAUGGCGAGCAGUACCGCCAGGCGGUGGGUGACAUUGAGGUGGCGGAAGCAUCGGGGGUGCCUCCACCGCCCCUGUCAACUACGCUGAUGGAGCCUGCCGAAUCGGGCGAGACGGUCCUGCAAACUAGCGGCCAGGGCGGCUUCGCGGUCGGUGACGUCGUCCGCAUCGGCGAGGGGGCCAACGCGGAGACACACACGAUCGCUGGCUUUGGCUCCAUCCACCUGGCGACUCCUUUGAGCGGCAGCCACCCGGCGGGUACGACGAUCGUAUGCGUCAGCGCGGAGGACGAGACCACCGCCCCCGUCUACCGCUCGGCCGCUCUUGUCGCUGAUCCACCCGAGGCAGCGGUUGAGGAACCAGCCGCAGUGCCAGCCGCAGAGCCAGAGGCGCCCUUGAAGGAGGAGGGUGCCACCGCCCGGCUCCUUACCGCCGCUGCCUCCGUGGCCGGACCUGCGACGCGGGCAUCCCGCGGCCGCUCCUUUGACUUACCUGCGCCGCCCGCGCCGGAGCCAUCACCGGCUGAGCCAGAGGCGGGCGAGCCAUCGGACGCCGGUACAGCUGUUGACGCGGUACUAGCGCGCUCCUCCUCGCGCAAGGUCGAAAGGCUCGCGGAGGCCGCCGCCGCCACAGCUGCAGCUGCCGUCGCAGCUCUCGACGCAAAGGUGCCGCGCAAGUCGGCCGGCGAUGUGUACCGCGCGGCCUCGGGUGGCGUCAAGGACGACGAGGUCGGCGACGCGGUCGACGGCGUCCUCGCUCGCUCCUCGUCGCGCAAGCUGGAGAAAGUGGCCGAGGCUGCCACCGUUACCGCCGCUGCCACGGUGGCCGCGCUUGACGCUGCAGUGCCUCGCAAGUCGGCUGGUGAAGUGUACCGUGCGGCGGCCGGCUCUAGCAGGGAGGAGGACGAAGCGGCCGGGGCUGCCAUCGAUGGGAUGAUGAAGCGGGCCUCGUCAAUCAAAUCACCGACCCCUAAGCCCGCGCCGAAGCCGCAAAAGCGAUCGAGCUCGAGGGUGUCGUAUGGCGAGCAAUACCGCGCAUCGGCAGGCUCCAGCAAGGACGAUGACGGGCCGGGUGCCGCCGUUGAUGGCGUCCUGAAGCGCUCCUCCUCGCGCAAGGUCGAGCAGCUCGCGGAGGCCGCCGCUGCCACCGCGUCGUCGGCGGUAGCGGCGCUGGACGCCGCAGUGCCGCGCAAGUCGGCCGGUGACUUGUAUCGCGCAGCUUCCGGCGCCCCGGAUGCUGCGGACGACGAGGAGGCUGGCAAGGCGGUCGACAGCGUCCUCGCGCGCUCCUCGUCGCGCAAGCUUGAGAAAGCGGCCGAGGCGGCCGCAGCGACAGCGUCGGCGGCAGUGGCGGCGCUCGAAUCCACAAUACCGCGCAAGUCGGCCGGUGACUUGUAUCGCGCAGCUUCCGGCGCCCCGGAUGCUGCGGACGACGAGGAGGCUGGCAAGGCGGUCGACAGCGUCCUCGCGCGCUCCUCGUCGCGCAAGCUUGAGAAAGCGGCCGAGGCGGCCGCAGCGACAGCGUCGGCGGCAGUGGCGGCGCUCGAAUCCACAAUACCGCGCAAGUCGGCCGGCGAUCAGUACCGCGAAAUGGCCGGCUCUCCGGCCGCCGAGGAGGACUCUCCCGUUGCCACCCCGCCCCGUCGGAGGUCUCUGUUCUCGCGGGUGGUCUCGAUCUUCUCGGGGGGCGAGAGACGUACCCUCUAG